AUGGGUUGGCCAAUGGCCGCGUCGAUGGCGCUGUGGGCAUUCUUGGGCGCGCGAGGCGCGUCUGGCGCCCUGAGCCUCGAGAUGAGCGACUCCCUGGAGUGGCUGGGCCUGGCGAUCCGGCAUCACAUCAUGAGGUCUGCGCUUGAGGGUGAGCAGCCCUCACUGAACGCCAUCGACGCCGACAGAUUAAAGCAGUACGCGCCAAGAGUGGAGGAUCAUUCCUUCUGCUCCUCGACAGAAGGCCCUCACUGUCACCUCGUUGGGCGUCCGCGUGCCCCAGUGGUUGCCGACGGCGCGCUGCUCGAGGAUGUGAAGAUAACGCUGCUGAAUACGGGGCCCGUACCGCAGAUGCUUGUCAGAUGCGGCAAGCAUCGGGCGCAAUCUUGCGACGCUUGCGUUCAAGGUCGUGACGAAGAUUCCUGCCAUGGUGAUUGUACGCUGUACGAGGGCAAGUGCCGCCGACGGGAGGAGGUGCCGGGGAUCAACUGCGGGCAGCACCGGGCCCGGAGCUGCGCGGAGUGCCCCCAGGGCCAGGGCAGCUUCUGGUGCAACGGAGACUGCAUGUGGCACGACGAGGAGUGCGUCCAGCUGGAGGAUGUUCAGGUGGACUGCGGCGCGCACAGGGCCCCGCACUGCUCGCAGUGCCCACGCGGGCGGGGUCCGUCCUGGUGCAACGGUGAGUGCCACUGGGUCAACAGCACCUGUGUGGCGAAGACGCCUUGA